AUGUCUAAAAAAAAGUUUUUUUCUAAAAUUGCUAAAUUUCUUAAAAAAGAAAAUGAUAGUAAAAAAUUGGAAAAACUUAGAGUUGCAAGACAUAAAAGGCAACGGGCUCCAAGUGCUUUAUCUGAUCAAUUAUACAAUUAUGAACCAAUGCCAACAAUUUAUGAGGUAGAUGAGUAUGAUACAAUAUCAGUUGACUCAGCAACUUUUAAUGAAUCAUUUGACUCAGGAAGAAGGGACUCAGCAUUUUCUGUAUCAUAUGGUAGUGAUAGUGGUCAUAGUUCAAUAAGUACUGCUUCAUCUAAAUCAUCAAAUUUAGAUACAAAUUCUGAUUCAAAUUAUAAAUUAAAAAAUUUUAAAAAUAAUAAUAUUUCUAUAACUAAAACAUGCUCAUCUAUUAUUCAGUCAACAUCAUUUCCAAACGUUAUCCAGCAACCAAUAAUAUUUUAA